AUUUUUUGCAUCUGCAGUAAUUUAAUGUGUGUGUUUAACACUGUUUCUCUUAUUAUACUAGCAACCAACUUCUGUAGGUACAUCUGCUGUCCACAUAGGACUUCCAAUGCAAGCCAAAGUUGUACAAUCAACUGCUACAUCAGUUAGUGCUACAUCUACUGUGAGCUUACAAGGGAGCUCCACUCUGUCACACACUACAGUAUCGGGAGCUACUACAAAUGCUCAGAACUUAAUGAAAACAACAGUAGCAACUGGAACCCUAGCAACUCAACAACCUAUGGUAAUUUCUGGAGGACAAACUCAAACAGCAGCACAGCCUCAAGGUCAGCCUCAGUUGCCACUUCCACCUUAUACUACAGCACAAGUACCAGCACAACCCCAGGUCAUACCUAGCUCUCCUGUACCAGGGACUACAGUUGUAUCACAGGAAAUGCAAGAGAAUGUGAAGAAAUGUAAAAACUUUUUAGCUACCUUGAUAAAACUUGCUUCCCACAACUCACCUUCUGCAGAAACAUCCCAUAAUGUGAAAUCACUGGUUCAGGAUUUGCUGGAUGCAAAGAUUGAUCCAGAAGAAUUUACAGGCCGCCUUCAGUCAGAGUUGAAAUCAUCUCCUCAGCCAUAUCUAGUACCUUUUCUGAAGAAAAGUCUGCCGGCAUUGAGACAGUCUUUAUUGAAUAGCCAACAUUCGGUUUUGCAAGGACAGCCAUCUCAGCAGCUGCUUCAACAAACCAAGCUAUCACAAGUUAUACCUCAACCUGCCUCUGGAAGUAUUUCCUCUAGUGUCACAACUCAGACAGUAGGAAUAAAGCAACCAAACAACAUUUGCACAGUCUCUUUAUCAAAUACAGUGCAGCCUCCUCAGGUUAAACUAGUACAGUCAAAUCAGAGUUCUCAACUGAUUAUCCAGUCAACAUCUGCUCAAACUGUGAAACGAAACCCUGCUUGCCAGACUACCCAGAUUAGGAUGCCAGUGGUAAUAACUCAGACCAUUAGACCACAAGGCACAGUAGGGAAGGCACCAACAAUACAAGCCAGCCAAAGUCCUGAGGGCUUUGUUGUUCAGGUCUCUGCAAAUCAGAAAAACAAGCUGAAUGACCCUGGAGGUGGAUCUUUCAGGUAAAAACAAAAAAUAACAACAACAAUCCCCUUCUCCCCCUCCCACAAUUUAAAAUGGAUUUAACACCAGAGGGCAGUAUUUUACAAUAAUUCCUAGAUUUACCAUGUCCUUUGAUUGGAUGGCAAUCUGUUUAUUCCUUUUUUUAAAAAGGAUUUCAGAUUUUUUCCUCCAACGCAGUUUUUUAAUAUUUCAUAAACCUUCCAAAACACUGUUGUGAAUAGGAAUUAUUCUCUUAGUAGAGGAAACUAUGUAGAUGAGGUUUUCAUAAGUGUGCAAUGCAGCUAUUUUAUGAAUCAGAUUUUAACGCUCAUAGGAGAUGUACCUUGUUGAGAUAAUCC